AUGUUGACUUCGAAAAAUCUAGCCCUGAUCUUCCUGAUGGUUUUGAUGGCUGCUGAAGCUUGUCAUCCAUCGAUGUCAGCUUCGACAACUACAACCACCAAAGCACCUACAACCACCACAACUACUACUACAACUACAACCACAACUGCACCCACAACUACCACCACUACAGCACCUUCUGGUGGCUCAGGUUCAACCGAGGGAAAAAAGAAGAGACGAAAGAGAGAAAAUCAAAAAAUAUUGGAUCGUUUUUUCUUGUGA